CUCGAGCAUCCAGUGCCUGGCUCCAGAGUUCAGUUUCGAAUCGGAAUAUGCAACCAGUACAAACCAUCCACGUCGAGUGCUUUGGCUGCAGUCGCCGACUUGUUCCACGCCACCACGUCAAAGGUUGGAGCGCAUCAUGCCACCACGUCGAAGACUCCAAGUUCCAAAGCUAGGGAUCAACCUUCCAAAGCUGAAGGCGGCGACUUCCAGAACAUGUUCUUGUCAAAAUCCCUUGACACUUUCAUGGGCGAAAGCCUUGUCCCUCUCCUCAAGCUGAGAGAGACAAUGGACCUUUCUUGGGAUGGAGCUAAUGAAACGCUCAUCGCCAACAGAGCUUUGUCAUUCGAACCCCGUCCACGUCAGCCCCCAGGUACACAGCCACAGCCACAGGGAAGCGGACAAGGAAUGGAACAGAGAAAGGCACUGGGAAGCGUGCUACCAAAGGAAAAGGCAGAAGACGAAUUCACUGUCCUUGUCAGCGACCACCUUUCCGAAUCUGCCACCCAAGAGCGAAGCCUCCCCCUGGUUGCCAUGCAAUUUGCAAUGCACUACUUCGUCAGGUGCCCAGAGUUUUGCCUGAGAUGCCACCGAAGGCUUGACGACAAGUUUGACGCCAUCAUGCCCUACGUCUGCUCCAACUCCCUCUGUCUGUUCCAGUACUUGACUAUGGGCCUUGGUCCAAACGUCGAAAACGAUAUCAUCAGAAAACCGGUUGUGGUUGAUCUCCUCAUAAGCUUAUUCUAUGCCAGUAUCCAACGCCGAGAUCAGCUCGCCCGUCUGAAGAAGCAUGAGGACCCAGCCAUCCGAGACUACCCAGUUGGAUUGCAACUUCGAGUGCCAGCGCUGUUCAGCCCUGAGGUUGCCUUGCACAAGCCCAUCAAAGUCAAGGUAACAGCCGACCCAACAGUCUUCUUGGUAGAGCAAGCCGGAGACCUUGGUCGCCUAUUCGUUAGUCAAUGGGUUGCCUUUCAACGCUCUGGCGACAACAUCGACUCCAAGGAGAGAAUCUCCCAUGCCCUCAUUAUUGGCGUCGACCACGACAAGCUUUCGGUUACUAUGCAGGUCAUGAGCCACUCUAGUAGUCAUCUGUCGAUACCAAGCUACACCAAGGACGGCGAAGUUGAGCUAUACCCAUAUGAGCUGGACUGUGACGUGUUGGAUGACUCCUCCAAGUCCAGUGCCAUGUCCUUAUUGCUCGGCACGCUCCCUUCGAUACGAGCGAUCCGUUCGUACCUCACCAGCCACCCGCAUGUCACAUUUCGAUCCUAUAGCAGGCUCUCGCCGGCUGCCGCCACACUUCUCCAAUGGAUUAUAUCAUCCAACCGAUCCUGUAUUCAGGAAAUCGACUCAUCCAGAGCUGAGCGUAUAUCGGGGAUGGGGCCAUGGAUCCAGUUUCGCUUUCUAAGCGACAAAGAGGUGCGGUUCAGUCGAGCCCUCCAGCAGGUUGCGGCAAGCGGGAAGCUUGGUGCGACUCCUACCAUCUUCGCCUGGCACGGAAGCCCCCUUGAAAACUGGCAUAGCAUUCUCCGAAAUGGUCUAAACUACAGGGAUACUCGACACGGCCGCGCCCAUGGUCACGGGGUGUACUUCUCUGACCGCUUCAACGUGAGCACAUUGUACACCAACGAACACGACCGGACAUGGCCAAACUCGGAGAUCAACAUGAGUUCGGCCGUGAGCCUGAACGAAAUCAUCAAUAGUCCACAGGGGUUUCUUUGCCAAAAACCUUGCUACGUGAUCCCCCAGCUCGACUGGCAUCAAUGUCGUUAUUUGUUCGUAAGAUCAAACAGGCUCGAUUCUCAGGGGGACGCAGAUGAUCCCCCGCCCAACGUGCCGAUCCUCGAGCAGGCUCCUGGCCUGGAAGUUACUGGACCUGAGAAUAGCCACAUACAGAUCCCAGUAGCAGCCAUGCCGCUACGGAGUGUUCCCGCACUUGGUCAGACGUGGUCGAGGAAAACGGUGGUCCGCAGCCUAGCCGAGCACAGUGAAGACGAGGAUAGCGAGGAUCUGGAGUUCAUCAUGGACGAGGAGAAGCAGCCAACCUCCGAGGACCAACAGGCACACGAAUCAAGUGCUAAGACAGCCCUUACUGGCUUUAAACCCGGCGACCUGGACCUUGCCACUCUUCCCCGCCUGGAACCACCUGCGUGGGCUACAGCCACGGCCACUAGGGUCAUGGGACGCGAGGUCAAGAGGUUGCAGAAGUUGCAAGCAGGGACACCCCUUCACGAGCUGGGAUGGUACAUCGACUUCGACAAGUUGACAAACAUGUUCCAGUGGAUUGUCCAGUUCCACAGCUUCGACCUCGCCUUGCCACUGGCCCGGGACAUGGAGGAGGCCGGCGUCACCUCCGUCGUCAUGGAGGUCCGUUUCGGCAAGGAGCAUCCCCUGACUCCGCCAUUCAUCCGCGUGGUGCGCCCCCGCUUCCUCCCCUUCCUCCAGGGCGGCGGCGGCCACGUCACCGCCGGAGGAGCCAUGUGCAUGGAGCUCCUCACCAACACGGGCUGGACGCCGGCGAACAGCAUGGAGAGCGUGCUCUUGCAGGUGCGCAUGGCACUGUGCAACCUCGAUCCUCAACCCGCCCGGCUGAAUCAGGACAUUGGGAGAGGGGACCAGAACGAGGACUACGGCAUGGGCGAGGCCAUCGAGGCAUAUGUUCGCGCCGCAAGAGCUCAUGGAUGGGAGGUCCCGCGUGGCCUGAUGGCUUCUAUUGGGUAUCCACGGUAGCCCGACACCGGGCGCUGAGAUUGGAUGAGCAAGGAGAGACUGCGAAUACGGCAGUGUUGGCGCCUUUUGCUUCGUGAUGAGGUUGGAAACCGGCG